GAACGAGAUUUAGAUGCUAGAGAAAAACAAAUUCGAGAUCGGGAAAUAAUGGCGAGGAAGUUAGCGGAAUGGGGCGAUGACAUUGAAGCUGAUAGCGGUCAAGAAGAAUAUUACAAAGACAGAUCUCAUGAGGCAGAUAGGUUGCGAGAACAGCAAGAAAUUGAGCUUGAGCAACAUCGAUUACAGACACUCGAGGAAGAAAGAAAGCAGCGUGAAGAAGCUAUGGAAGCAGAAUUAAACAAUAAAAAAGAAAUUUUAACGCUUGCCACAAAUGGUGUUUCACAAAAUAAUAGCGUUAAACCAAAACUAACUCUUAAUCUUACAUCAAAACGUCGUGCGGCAUUAAUGGCGCUAGCUGAAGAUGAGGAAUUUGACGAUGAAGAAGGUAUUAAGUCAAAACGUAAACGUCGAAUUUUAAAUAUUCUUAGCAAAAAGUUACAGCCAUUUGUAAGUAAAAGAAUUGUUGAAUAUCUCGGCGUACAAGAAUAUGAAUUAGUCUCUUUUGGUAUUGAUCAUUUACGUAAUAAAAAGUCAGCUGAAGACUUAACCAAAGGAAUGAUGAUGACUUUAGAUGAGGAAUCCGAGCUAUUU